AUGCUGCGUUGCUUGCUCCAACGAGCCGGCCACCUCCCCAACUUGGAGAAGGGGGACCGGCAAAGCGACCCGGUGGCCAGCUUGACUUUUCGAGGUGAGGGGACCCCAAAUUUGGGCUGGGGGGGAGGCUUCGAGUGGGACCUGAAGGGAGCUCCCCUGGACCCGGGCGCCGAGCUCAACGUCGUUGUGAAGGACCAUGAGACCGUGGGGAGAAACAGGUUUUUGGGAGAAGCCCGAGUGCCCCUGCGAGAUGUCCUCUCCUCCCCAAGCCUGGCGGCCUCCUACAACCUCCCUUUGCUGGACACCAAGAAGCAGAGCACUGGGGAGACCCUCCCUCGACCUGCUGCCCACACUCCUCCUCCCUGUCGUCCACCAUGUCCAACCCCACCUCGCUGAUGUCCUCCAUCUCCUUUCUCACCCCGUGCAGAGACGGCCACCGAGGAGGAGACGGAGGAUCAGGCGGCAACGGGGGAUGAAACAGAGCCUUCCUCUUCCUCGGGGCCGCCAGGCUCUGAGCCCCCCUCGCUGCCCCGCAAGCCCCCCGUGCCCCACCACGUCCAGGGGGUGAAGCGGAGGAGGAGCUCGCCCAAAAAGCCUCUCUCCAACAAGCCGCAGGACUUCCAGAUCAGGGUGAGGGUCAUCGAGGGCCGACAGCUCCCCGGGGUCAACAUCAGGCCCGUGGUGAAGGUGACGGCCGCUGGGCAGACCAAGAGGACCAGGAUACGCAAAGGCAACAGCCCCUUCUUUGAUGAGACCUUCUUCUUCAACGUCUUCGAGUCGCCGGCCGAGCUGUUCGACGCCCCCAUCUUCAUCACGGUGGUGGACUCUCGGUCUUUCCGGAUGGACGCGGUGAUCGGGGAGUUUCGGAUGGACGUGGAGACCAUUUACUCCGAGCCAAAACACGCUUUCCUCAGAAAAUGGCUGCUGCUGUCUGACCCGGAGGACUUCUCCGUGGGGGCCAAGGGCUAUCUGAAAGUCAGCCUGUUCGUGCUGGGGCCUGGAGAUGAAGCUCCUCUGGAGAAGAAGGAGAUGUCUGAAGACAAGGAAGACAUCGAGGCCAACCUCCUGCGCCCCACCGGGGUCACCUUGAGAGGGGCUCACUUCUGCCUGAAGAUCUUCAAAGCCGAAGACUUGCCCCAGAUGGAUGAUGCCGUCAUGGACAACGUCAAGCAGAUCUUCGGCUUCGAGAGCAACAAGAAGAACCUCGUUGAUCCCUUUGUGGAAGUCAGCUUCGCAGGCAAGACGGUGCGUGGCCGGAGCGGGGAAGCCAAUGCCCACCCCACUCACCGUUCCACUCCCUGCCUCUUUUCCCAGUUCCCUUCCAUGUGUGAGAAGAUGAGGAUCCGGGUGACCGACUGGGACCGUCUGACGCACAACGAUAUCAUCGGCACUGCCUACCUCUGCAUGUCCAAGAUCUCGGCCCCCGGCGGGGAGCUGGAGGCGGAUGACGGGCUCGGGUUCCUGCCGACCUUCGGUCCCUGCUACAUCAACCUCUACGGCAGCCCCCGGGAGUUCACCGGCUUCCCCGACCCUUACGAGACGCUCAAUUUGGGAAAGGGCGAGGGAGUCGCGUAUCGCGGCAGGAUGCUGGUGGAGCUGGAGACCAAACUGGUGGAGCACGUGGAGCAGAAGGUGGAGGACAUCUCCGCGGAGGACAUCCUGCGGGUGGAGAAGUACCUGCGCCGUCGGAAGUACUCCCUCUUUGCUGCCUUCUACUCAGCCACCAUGCUCCAAGAUGUGGAUGAUGCCAUCCAGUUUGAGGUCAGCAUUGGCAACUAUGGCAACAAAUUUGAUAACACCUGCCUGCCCUUGGCCUCCACCACGCAGUACAGCCGGGCCGUCUUUGAUGGCUGUCAGUAUUACUACCUGCCCUGGGGCAACGUGAAGCCCGUGGUGGUGUUGUCAUCCUACUGGGAAGAUAUCAGCUAUCGGACUGAUGCCCAGAACCUUCUCCACUACGCGGCAGACAGGCUGGAAGCCAACCUGGAGAAGGUCCACCUUGCUGUCAAGGCCAACCGCUUGCCGAGUGAGCUGGACACCCUGGGUGCCCAGCUGAUGGAUGACAUCAUCGCCGACUGCAGCGUGACCCUGCCCGACGUCCUGGGGAAGGCGGCCAGCACCCACCUGGACCAGAACCUGUACCGCUUUCGUAGCGCCAACCUGGAGCAGAUCGUGACGGCGGCCCUGAAGCUCAAGCACGAGGACUCGAGCCUGGCGGCAGCGCUGGAGCAGGCGGAGGACUGGCUCUCCAGGCUGAAGGCCAUGGCAGAGGAGCCCCAAAACAGCCUGCCCGACGUCGUGAUCUGGAUGCUGCAGGGAGACAAGCGCGUCGCCUACGCCCGCGUGCCGGCCCACGAGGUCCUCUUCUCCAGGAGCUGCUGCGGCAAGAACUGCGGGAAGCUGCAGACCAUCUUCCUGAAGUACCCCCAGGAGGAGGCGACGGGUCCCAGGAUCCCAGCCCAGAUCCGGGUCCAGCUCUGGUUCGGACUGGCGGUCGAUGAGAAGGAGUUCAACCAGUACGCCGAGGGGAAGCUCUCCGUCUUCGCCGAAACUUAUGAGAACCAGACCAAGCUGGCCCUGGUGGGGAACUGGGGCACAACUGGCCUGACCUACCCCAAAUACUCAGAUGUCACCGGCAAGAUCAAGCUGCCCAAGGACAGCUUCCGCCCCUCCACGGGCUGGACCUGGGCCGGGGACUGGUUCAUCUGCCCGGAGAAGACGUUGCUGCACGACGUGGACGCUGGGCACCUGAGCUUCGUGGAGGAGGUGUUUGAGAACCAGGUCCGGCUGCCCGGGGGCCAGUGGAUCCACAUGACCGAUGCCUACACCGACGUGAACGGGGAGAAGGUCCUGCAUAAGGAUGAGAUUGAGUGUCCUCCAGGCUGGAAAUGGGAAGACGUGGAGUGGGACACAGACCUCAACAGAGCUGUGGAUGAGAAAGGCUGGGAGUACGGCAUCACCAUCCCGCCGGACCGCAAGCCCAAGGCCUGGGUGCCAGCUGAGAAGAUGUACCACACCAACCGGCGACGGCGCUGGGUGCGGCUCCGCCGGAGGGACCUCACGCAGAUGGAGGCCAUGAGGAAGCACAAACAGGAGGAUCUGGACGGGGAAGGCUGGGAGUACGCCUCGCUCUUCGGCUGGCGCUUCCCCCUGAAGUCCCGCCGGCCCGACCCCUUCCGCCGCCGCCGGUGGAGGCGCAGGAUGGAGCCCCUGGAGCAUGCUCCUUCCCAAGAUAAUCCCCAAAUUUACGUAGCGUCUCCCAUCCGACAAGCCCAGACCCUCCGGACCUGCUCAGGACAGACCCCUCAUCCGCUGCGGGCGGAGGGACUGGGCGUGACGGGGGGAGUGACAGAUGACAAGAGCGAUGACGGCAAAUCCAUCUCCACCCUCAGUUUCGGUGUCAACAGACCCACCAUUUCGUGCAUAUUUGACUGUGGGAACAGGUACCACCUCCGCUGCUACAUGUACCAAGCGAGGGACCUGAUCGCCAUGGACAAGGACAGCUUUUCGGAUCCUUAUGCCAUUGUCUCCUUCCUCCACCAAAGCCAGAAGACGGUGGUUAUCAAGAACACCUUGAACCCCACCUGGGACCAGACACUCAUCUUCUAUGAGAUAGAGAUCUUUGGGGACCCCCAGAACGUAUCUGAUUCCCCUCCCAACAUCGUGGUGGAACUAUAUGACCACGACACCUAUGGUGCGGAUGAGUUCAUGGGGCGCAGCAUUUGCAAGCCCAGCCUGGCGCGCUCAGCCCGGCUCUCCUGGCACCCGGUCAUCAAGGCGAACAGAAACGUCGGGGAGCUGCUGGCUGCCUUCGAGCUGAUUCAGAGGGAGAAGCCGGCUGUCCACCACAUCCCUGGCUUCGAGGUAACCGAGCUGUCCUCCAGCCUCGAUGAGUCCGCGGACUCUGACCUGCCUUACCCCCCGCCCCAGCGGGAGCCCAACAUUUACAUGGUCCCCCAAGGAAUCAAACCUGUCCUGCAGCGCACGGCCAUCGAGAUCCUGGCCUGGGGGCUGAGGAACCUCAAGAGCUACCAGCUGGCCAGUGUCACCUCGCCCAGCCUGCUGGUGGAGUGCGGAGGCCAGCUCGUGCAGUCAUGCGUCAUCAAGAACGUCAAGAAGAACCCCAACUUUGAUGUCUGUGUGCUCUUCAUGGAAGUGCGUUUGCCCAAGGAGAGCCUGUACAGCCCUCCCAUCAUCGUCAAAAUCAUCGACAACAGGCCGUUCGGCCGAAGGCCCGUGGUGGGGCAAUGCACCAUCCGCUCGUUGGAGGACUUCUACUGUGACCCCUACCGAGAGGAGACGGACGGUCCCCAGGAGCACUCAGAUGAUGUGAGCCUCACGCCCAGGGAUGAUGUCCUAAUCGACAUCGAUGACAAAGAGCCUCUUAUUCCUGUCCAGCUUGCGGAGGGUAUGACCAGCUCAGCAUUAAUUAACAUACCGGCUUCUUGGGCCCAGCCUCAUGAGGAAGAAUUCAUUGACUGGUGGAGCAAAUUCUAUGCUUCCACGGGAGAGAGGGAAAAAUGUGGCUGCUACUUAGAGAAGGGCUUUGACACCCUGAAGGUCUACGAGACGGAGCUGGAGAACGUGGAGGACUUUGAUCAUCUCUCUGACUUCUGCCACACCUUCAAGCUGUACCGCGGCCGCUCGCAGGACUCCAGUGAUGAUCCCUCGGUCGUGGGCGAGUUCAAGGGUUCGUUCAAAAUUUACCCUCUCCCAGAUGACCCGCGAGUCCCUGUGCCACCUCGACAGUUCCACCAGCUGCCGGCCAGAGGACCCCAGGAGUGUCUUGUCAGGGUCUACAUCAUCCGGGCCUUUGAUCUCCAACCCAAGGAUGCCAACGGAAAGUGUGAUCCCUAUGUGAAGAUUUCCGUGGGAAAGAAGUCCAUCAAUGACCAAGAACAUUACCUUCCAUGUACGCUGGAGCCCGUCUUUGGAAAGAUGUUUGAGCUGAGCUGCACUCUGCCCCUGGAGAAGGACUUGAAGAUCACGCUCUAUGACUAUGACCUCCUGUCGAAGGAUGAGAAGAUUGGGGAGACCGUCAUAGACCUGGAGAACCGGUUCCUGUCAAAAUACGGGGCGCGCUGUGGCCUUCCACAAACCUACUGCGUCUCUGGACCCAACCAGUGGCGAGACCAGCUCCGUCCUUCCCAGCUGCUUCACCUCUUCUCCCUGCAGCACAACUACAAGGCUCCCAUCUACAAGUCUGACCGGAUCAUCUUCAGGGAGCAAGAGUACAUCCUCUCUGAACUGGAGGAUGGCAAACCGCUCAACCCCCACCUGGGGCCAGCUGAGGAGCGUCUCGCCCUGUACGCCCUGCGCAAGCAAGGGCUGGUGCCGGAGCACGUGGAGACGAGACCUCUCUACAGCCCUCUCCAGCCAGAAAUUGAGCAGGGAAAGCUACAGAUGUGGGUGGACCUGUUUCCAAAGUCUCUGGGUCAGCCGGGCCCCCCUUUCAACAUCACGCCACGCAAAGCCAAGAGGUUCUUUUUGCGCUGCAUCAUCUGGAACACCAAGGACGUCAUCCUUGAUGACAUCAGCAUCACUGGGGAGAAGAUGAGUGACAUCUAUGUCAAAGGCUGGCUGGUUGGCCACGAGGAAAACAAGCAGAAGACAGACGUGCACUACAGGUCUAUGGGAGGAGAGGGCAACUUCAACUGGAGAUUCAUCUUCCCCUUUGACUAUCUCCCUGCUGAGCAAAUGUGUUACAUCGCAAAAAAGGAGCACUUCUGGAGCUUGGAUAAGACAGAAAACAAGAUUCCACCGCAGCUUAUCUUCCAGGUCUGGGACCGAGAUGUCUUCCCAGUAACGAUCCUCCUUGCAGGCUCCAUUCAGAUGGAUCUCAACAAGAUGCCGAAACCUGCCAAGACCGCUGAGAAGUGCUCCUUAGAGCUAGUAGAUGAGACCUUGUCUUCAGGUCGCUUCGUGUCACUCUUCGAGCAGAAAACCGUCAAGGGAUGGUGGCCCUGUGUUGCUGAGCAGGACCAAAAGAAGAUCCUGACGGGCAAAUUGGAAAUGACUUUGGAAAUUGUGGCAGAACAAGAGCAUGAAGAGCGGCCAGCUGGCAUGGGUCGGGACGAGCCAAACAUGAACCCCAAGCUGGAGGACCCCAAGCGCCCGGAGACCUCCUUCCUGUGGUUCACCUCCCCGUACAAGACCCUGAAGUACAUCCUGUGGCGGCGGUACAAGUGGGUGGUUAUCCUGGCCAUCGUGCUCUUCAUUUUGCUGCUCUUCCUGGGGAUCUUCAUCUAUGCCUUCCCGAACUAUGCUGCUAUGAAGCUGGUGAAACCUUUCAACUGA